AUGCAAAAUUUUAUCACCCUGGCGGCGCGAUUGGGUGUAUCGCUUGAUGAAAAGGACGUAGUAUAUGCGGAGCGAGUGGGCGCGCCCCCUGCUGAAGGGGGGAGGGCACGACGUAUUAUGGUGAGGCUAUCGCGUCGACAUUUACGUGACCAAGUGCUGAACGCUGCCCGGGUUCGACGCAGUCUCAGGGCACCCAAUGGUCAUACAAUUUAUGUGAACGAGAGGCUCACUCGCGGGACCCGCCAGUUGUUCAACCAGGUCCGAGCGGAAUGUCGCAGGUUGGGGUAG